AUGGAAAAUAAUGAGGAUGAUCAGCGUUAGCCAUAUGUUUAAGUAUAGCAGCAGGAAGUAUCGAGGCCAGCAAAGAGGUAACCUUCUCCAAAAGGCUCAGGUUAAAAUCAUGGGUUGGAUGAUCCCGAUGAAAUGAGGAUUAAAAGGAAAACAAACAAAGGAAAAGUUGAUUGUUCAGAUAUUAAGAGAACGAUAGAUUUCUCUAGAGACCCCACGAUCAACCAUAUUACUUGCAACUAAACUCAAGAGUAUUUUGCUGUGGCAACAAAUAUCGGAUUCGAAAUUAUAUAGAAUGAUUCAUCAUCAGAAAAGCUUAAGAAAAAGUGUUAGCAUUUGAACGACAGUAUAGAACUCAUAGAGAUGAUGUAUAAAACCAAUAUUAUCGUCCUAGUCUUUACAAGAUAGAAAAACAAAGUCGUCAUUUGGGACGAUCAUGAGAAAAAGAAUAGAACAGAGAUUACUUUCAAUCAGAAUAGUGAGAUUAAGAAUAUCAGGCUGAGAAAAGAUAUGUUAGUCGUAGUACUUGAGGAUAAAAUAUUUGUAUUUAAUUUCGAAACUUUGAAACUUAUUGAGCAAAUCGAUACUUGCAGUAAUCCAUUAGGCUUAUGUGGCCUAAGUACGGCAGAGAAGCCUACAUAAAAGACUAUAGUAUGUCUGCAUACUGAGAAAGGAGGACUAAAGAUUCUUACUUAUGUUGUGAACAAAAGUAUAGAGAGUAUUAUUUAAGCCCAUGAAUCGGAUGUAGGAGCUCUAGCAGUAAAUUCUGAUGGCACUUUAAUAGCUACUGCUUCUAUUAGAGGAACGAUUAUUAGAAUAUUUAGUGCUGAGGAAGGAGGUUUAUUACAAGAGCUUAGGAGGGGAUCAAGCAAAGCCUUCAUCACAAGUUUGAAUUUCCAUCCAAGCAUCAAUAUGAUUGCUUGUACUUCCAAUAGGUCGUCAAUCCAUCUCUUUGAAAUUAAAAAAUCAGUAGAGAAGUGUAUUGAAACCAAGCACGUUGGCUUUUCAAAUGAAACUACUGCGAAGAACCCAGAUGGAGAAAAUAAAAAGUCUAAGUUGUCAUUUAUGAAGAUGUUCUCUAAGUACUUCAAUUCAGAAUGGAGUUGCUCAAAAAUCAAGAUUGAUGAGAAGCUGAAAACAGUCGGGUUUGAUGUCAAAAAUCACAGACUGAUUAUAAUAACAUAUGAUAGAAUUCUUUACUAUGUAGAUAUUCCAGUCACACCCUCGAGGUAUCUAGAGGAGGCUGAAAUCAGAGUGUUUUAGAUUGAUGCCAUUAACAUUGAUGAUAACACUAGAUUUGAGAAGGAUCAUUUUGUUAUCAACCCCAAGUACAAGGACUAUAUUGAGUACAUUUUGAUCCCAGAGGGACUAUUAGAUAAUAGAGUAGAAAGAAUGGCAUAGCAAAUCCAUUAAGAUUACAAGGGUCUAGACUUAGAAGUCUUCGUUAUUAUGAACAGUGCUUUCAAGUUCUUUAGCGAUCUCUUGAUGCACAUUAGGAAAAUAGCCGAGAUCACAGGUGAAAAUAUCAAUAUUGUACCAAGAUUCUUUAAAAUUACUAGCUACCAUCUGAAUGAAUAGGUCGUUGAUAAAGAUAAUAUUGUGAUGCCUUUCUCAAAGGAUCAAGUAGAGGGAAAGAACAUUCUUGUCAUUGAAGACAUUUAUGACUCAGGCUCCACAAUUAUUAGGUGUAGAGACAGUUUAAGCCAAAUGGCACCUAAGACACUUAAAUUUGCAGUUGCAUUCCACAAAAAGAAUCACAAAAACUUGAAAUAUGACUUUGUUGCAGAUUACCUAGGUUUCUUCAUCCCAGAUUAGUUUGUUUUUGGAUAUGGAAUGGACUAUAAUGAGCUAUUCAGAGAGAUGUAGCAUCUUUGCGUGAUUAGUUAAAAAGGAAUUGAAGCAUUUAAAGACAUUUGA